AUGAGCCCGACAUAUCUAUGGUACUAACCAAAGAGUAUUCACCACAGUAUAGACACAGAUUACUAGUCUGUGGCACAGAUUACGGUUAUCCGUAAUGUGUUUUCUGUGGUAUAGACCUAGUAUCAUGUUUCAUAUGCGGCAUGCUAGAAUUUCUCUCUAAAGGCCUGUCCAUUUGAUAUAAGGUUUAUGGUACUCAUAUAGUGCACAGUAGAGAUAAUACAAAACAAACAUUUCUCGAUUUGUACUUGUACAUAUUUAUUUUCACAAUUAAAAAUUUACGAAGUGUUGAAGUCAGAAAUGGAAACAUACUCAAAAAUUUUCCUAGAUGAAAGUAAUCAUCACAGAGUAAAGAUGGAAAUGGGAGAAGAUGAUGAAAGCUAUGAAAAAGGAAAUUCAUUUGACUUGGGAUUUCAGUACACAACUGAUGGGGGGCAUAUUGAUGAAAAGACUGAAAUCAUGGAUAUUGUUCAGCAUUACACUGAUGAGAAUGGAAUAAGGUCAUCUAUUAAAUAUGAAAGAGGGGAGUUUGCUUUAAACCAGAAAAACAAUCUCGAAGGCCAUAUAGAUGCUGUCCAUUUGAAUAAAAAAGGACAUAAAUGUCACUUAUGUGAUUAUGCAGUCAGCCUGAAAAUUACCCUCAAAAGGCAUAUAGAUUCUGUCCAUUUGAAUAAAAGAGAACAUAAAUGUCACUUAUCCUACCAGAAAGUUCAACUCAUAAAGCAUUUGGAUUCUGUUCAUUUGAACAAAAAAGAACAUAAAUAG